AUGGGUGAUACUGAGAAGGGCAAGAAGAUUUUUGUUCAGGAAUGUGCCUGGUGCCACACUGUGGAAAAGGGAAGCAAGCAGAAGACUGGACCAAAUCUGCCUGGUCUGUUUGUGCAGAAGAUAGGUCAGGGCCCUGGAUUCUCUUACAGAGAUGCCAACAAGAGCAAAGGCACCACUUGGGGAGAGGAGAUACUGAUGGAGUAUUUGGAGAAUCCCAAGAAGCUCAGCGAGGAAGACGACGUGCCAGAGAAGGCGGAUUUUCUCGGGUUGGUAUUCACCACGCCACGUCUUCUGACUUUCCGCCAAGCAGUGAGCGAGGUGGCUAUCGACGUCCAGCCGGUACAGCGUGGCGGCCAAGGGGCCUGCGCCUGA